GAGUGAGAGAGAGAGAGAGAGAGAGAGAGAGAGAGAGAGAAGGAAAAAUCAAAAGAGGAAAAGCACGCUAGACCAUGCGAGCUAAAUUUGUGAUCGCUGAAAAUCGGGAUGUUGGAUUGAUGCAGAAGACUGACCCAAUUGAAAAGAAAAGUUUCAUCUCACAAGUUUGGAACAGAGGGCCCGUGGGGGAAAAUGGCCGAAGGAGGGGCUGGUAAAGGUGGUGGAGACGAUCCAGAAAAACUGACUAAACAAGGGGCAGAUGAAGAUUGUCGGGUUCUGCAUGGGGCAGGCCAUUGUAAGUGGUUCAACGUUCGUAUGGGAUUCGGAUUUAUUUCCAUGACUAACCGGGAAGGAAGCCCAUUGGAGACCCCAGUAGAUGUCUUCGUGCACCAAAGCAAACUUUUCAUGGAAGGAUUCCGGAGCCUAAAAGAGGGAGAGUUGGUAGAAUUCACGUUUAAAAAAUCUUCCAAAGGUUUAGAAUCAUUACGGGUAACGGGUCCAGGUGGCAGCCCCUGUGUUGGUAGUGAAAGGCGACCGAAAGGGAAGAUUGUGCAAAAAAGAAAACCAAAGGGAGACAGAUGCUACAACUGUGGUGGUCUUGAUCACCAUGCUAAGGAAUGCAACUUACCACCUCAGCCAAAGAAGUGCCAUUACUGUCAAAGCAUCACUCACAUGGUAGCCAACUGUCCUCAUAAAACUCUUACGCAGCUGCCCAGUACUUCUCAGGGAAGAUAUGAAGCAGAGUCUGUGCCGUCAAGUUCAGCUUUCCUGAGAGAAGGUGUCUAUUCUGCCUCACCAUUUCACCUGGAAGGAAGACUGGAGGGCUUGGAACGAUCUGGGCGCCCUUCUCAAGAAGCUUCAACAAGUAAGCCUUCAUCUUCUUUGGAAGAUCCCAACAGGAAAGGGCCUUCUGUCCAGAAAAGAAAAAAAACUUAAUUUUUGCUGAAAAUACACAUCUUUUUACCAACUUUGGAUAUUCAUGCCACAUCUACCUCAUACUUGAAAAAGUACAGGGGAAGUAAUUUCACUCAAAGCAGCUCUGCUUUUUAACUACUGUGUAAAACUGUGAAUUUCUAUUAUAUAUAUAUAUAUAUAUAUAAAUAUAUUUUUAAAUUAUUUAACCUUAACUAAUCCUGCUACACAUGUUUUGUGGACCUAGAUGCACAUUUAAGGGUGGCUUUCAAUCGUACCUCAAUUUUAUAGAAUCCUUGACAACAAUACUUGCCAUUCUUUUUUGUGCUCAGAUCGUGUAUUGUACUUUUUUGCAAACAAAAACCUUCAAUCAGUUUCUUUAUAUUGGAUGAGGAAAUCCGUUUUCUGGAAGGCCUUUUUAUCUGAUUCUGAACCAUUCCUUUUUUGUCAGACAACAGUGACUGUUAAUAAAUUUCCAAUUAACCAAAGGAUUACUUCACUAAACAAAUCAGGAAAACACAAAGAAAAUGUUAAGUAAAGUAUUGAGUAAAAUACAAUGCAAAUAAUAGAUUGGUGUUUCACCAAGCCUAGACAUUUUUGUACACUUUUGGCCCUUGCCAUCAGGAUAUUUUCUUGCCCUAAAUAAUGAAUGUUUCUUUUGUGUGCCUGUGUUUCAUCAAGUGCUGUUUUACUGAAUGUGUUGAUAUCUGUUAAGCUAUCCUAUUCUUUCGUAUGUAUUAUAUUCAUAUAUGUGCUGCUCAUAGAAAGCCAUCCUAUUAUAAUCAUGAACUCAAUUUACUUAGAGGGGCCAUUAACCUGAGUAUAUAAAUUUUGCUAGCCACGUUAGCGUGUCUCAGAUGUUGGGGCUCUUCAGUUCAUCUUCUGAAUGGCAGUUUUUUUUCCUAACAAACUUACAGUGGUUAAGUAGUUUUACCGUAUCCAGUAGCACUCAUGUUGGGACUUGGUUGCACAUAAGAGGUCAGGGUUGAUCCAAUUAUAAUCUCCCUCUCAAAAGUUCUGUUUUACCUUAUAAAUGUGUAUUUGGAGUCCCAAUAAUCAGAAAUGAGAUAGAAAUAUAUGUUUAUGGUGUAGAAAUCAAAAAUUUCACUGUACAUAAAAAAAAACAAAGAAAUGUGACAACGGUUUGUUUUCCUGAUUAAUAUUUUAAACAAAUUAACUGUUUGUUUGACAGUAAAAAAAAUCCCUAACUGCUGGCCGUUACCUUUCUGUGAGGAGCAUGUAUAUGUGUAUAAUAUGUAUCAGAGCAGAAUGUCAUCAUUAUACUGUAUGUUGUUAGUGUGUAAUACUCAGGCAGUAGCCAUCUGAGUGAGUCACCUUUUAAUAUAUAACUAAAGAGCCUGUUUUAUACUCCGGAUAGCUGACUACUCUUAAUAAUAAUAAUAAUAAUUACAUAUUUUAACUCAAAAAACAAACUAUUUUAAGUAUUGACUGUGUGUAUUACUAAAUGAAGAGCCUUACUUUCAGUAGAUAGUGUAGUACUGAUUUUCAUCAAACUGUUUUCAGUUUUUAUAAUGCAAUAUCGAGUUUACAUAAUGUGUUUACAUCUCAAUUAAGUUUGUGUUCUAAAUGACUGAAAAAAAUAAUCAAAUUCUUUAAAUUAUUAAGUGUGAAUUCAAAAUCUGUCAAACAUACCCUUCAGUGGUAAAAUUGUACUGUACAAAAUGCCUCCGUAAUGUGUGGAGUGUAGAUCACUAAAAAUAAUUUUUGACUGUUUUAGUUUGAUAGGUCUGUUUUAAGUUAUAACGUGUGGUCCUAUCAAAAACUCAGCAAGAGUCACAUAGUUCCACACUUGUACUUGCUGAAUGAUUGUCAAGAUGCACUCAACAGGUUAUCAGUAUGCUUAGAGUGAUACAUUGCCACUAUUUUGACGAUAUUGAAUGUGAAACUGUACCGGCAGAAGUGACACCCUUGUUUGUUAGAGAACUGGUACUUUGCUUAAUGUGUAUUGACAAAUCAGGAUGGUUUUAUUUCAUAUUUAUUUAGGCUAAGCAACAAAUUAAAGUCUAUAUAAGGUGAAAUUCAAAUAAAAAUCGUAUACCAAAGUUUCUUGUUCGUACAGAAACAUACUGCAUGAUACAGUUUUCAGUUGGAAUUCCCUGCUUGUAUAAAACCAAAAAAAUUACAUAAAAUCAGGACUGAGAUUUUGUUUUUUAUUAAAACAAAACAAGUUCCAUUGAUCUUUCAGAGUGUAUCUGGAUUAAGUUCAGAGAUGCGCCAGAAAAAUAUAAAUCCCUAACAGCACAUACCAAAACAAAUCUCCUUGUGAAUGUUUUACAUGACUGCACAGUAUAUAUGUGUGUGUGUAUUUUUGUAUAUUUGCAUACACACUGUGUAUGCACAUACAGCACAAAGAAUUAAAGCAUCUCAGGAUACGUAAUUUAACUCAGGGAAUAUACCAAAAAAGUAUCUUUUUUUCCCCGUCUCAUUAUAGCCUGCUUCUCUGCUGUGUUAUGAACAAACUGACAGUAGCAUUAGUGUGUAAUAACUAUGAUUUAUAUACUAGUAACUACCUCUGAGUUAUACAUAGUCCUGCAAUUCUGAUAAUCAGAUAAGGCUUUGUUUUAUUUCAUAUGAAAGUAUCUUUAAUGUUCUUUUGUUAUACUUAUGUGAACAUCAGGGUUCCCUUUUACAUGAAGUUUGCGUAAGGUAAUAAUUUAUGCUGUUCAUGAAUGGUAAUGUGACAUUUAAUUUCUGUUUUUUGUUUACAGCAAACAGCCUACCUCAUAGCUUCUCUAGUGUAAACGUCCGAGCUGCUGUAAUCAGGAAGGUGGCUAUGGAUUUGAUUUUUACUUUGUACAUGUAUUUGUGAUACCUGUGUGUUCCUAAGAUUUAUUUAACCCUCUGAGCCAAUGAGCAGCAUAAAGCCUUGUGAUCCUUGUCUCAUUUAUGCCUGAGAAACCCACAUUUUAUUUUCUGCAUUUUUACAACUCAGUUGUCUUUGUACUGUACUAUAUUUAAAAUCCUCAGUGCAUGCUUCUGAGUUUGCUAUUUGGUGAUGAGACAGGUAUGACAUCUAAGUGUUUUUUUGUUAUAAAGGCAGGCAUUUUAUUUUCUUUUUUUAAUUUAUUCUUCAUUGGGCCAUUCCAGUGGUGUAAAGGAUUAAGCAAAAUGAAAUGCAAAAUAGGUAUACAGAAAAUACUGGACUUCAUAAGGCAGGUUGUUUUUCAUUUUCUCACAACCCCAAAGCUAAAACUGCGCAGUGUACAGUGCCGAUCUUCACUAGAGACAAAGAAAUAUUCCAGAUGUGGCACUGCUUCAGCGGGUUGAAUGUACUUGUUUUUGUUUCAUUAAAGUUUGAUCUUGAAAAUGCAUUACAAAUCCUGCGUUCUCAUUUUUCAGUAUGACAUGUAAUGUUGACAAACCAUCUUAGUCACAAAUGCAUUUUUCAGUUUUAAUAAGUACAUACCUUAAGACUACAGCCCAGUUUUUUUCUGCCUACUAUCAAGAGGUGUUCAACAGUUUUUCAGUUGCAGCAGUCAUCUCUACUAAUCCGUCACUAGGUAAUCAAGUUAAGUUAAUCAGUUAAGAACAUGCGAGCAUUGAGUCUUUUUCAUUAUAUUGCCAGACUCAGGUAAUUUUGAACAACACUGCAAAGAAAUAUUGCGGUGUGUUGAAUAGCUGAGAUCUCCUGAUGUGGGCCUCUAUACUCUUUCAAAGCAUCUCUUGGCAAAUAAUCUUUCAGCACAGUAGUUUUUACACUAUUUAACUCCAUUCCUAGGCUUAUUUAUGAGGACCCAUUGCUCUUGACAUUGCAAUUGAGAUUAAAAUCCACUACUUCUCACAUUUUUCUUUCAAUGUUCCAUCUUUACAAAAUUAAGAACUGUCCCUUCUUUGAUGAUAAUGACUUUACAAUGCUGUCUGUUUAGUAAUAAUAAUAAUACUUUAUAUUUAUAUAGCGCUUUUCUUACUACUCAAAGCACUUAAGUAGGAUGGAAUGGGCAUCUGAAUUUGUCGGUUAGUAUAUACUGUUGAUCAUAUUCCUUUAGUGUUGAGGUUUUAUUUUCUGUGUGUAAAGGCAGUCGUCAACUUACGACUUAUGCAUCUUACGACCAUUCGACUUACGACCGCUACCGCAUCUCACAGGCAAAUGACAGUUUUUGCCACACUUGCUCUGUAUGCCGUGACUCAUUCAUUUCAAUCUCAGUUUAUUACACACAGCUGUUAUGACUAUGUUCAGUUA